AGCAUCCUUCAAAGGGGAAAGGGGCGGGGAAAUCUUGCUGAUGGAUGCAUCCGCACAAAGCAGCACGUUUUCCCAGCAAAGCCCUGGAGAGAAGGAAGAAUCAGCGCUCAGCAUUUGGCUGAUAUUCAAGUGCACAUCAAACAGCGCUGCAGGCAGCUUUGGGCCAGAACAAGCCUUUUCGAACUUGAAACGAAUGAAGGGGACAGUGCGGGUCACUGAUUGCGGGCCAGAGGCGGGGCCCGCCACUCACGCGGAGAAACGCGGAGGCACUGGAGCGGCAAGUUAGGAAAUGCAACCCUGGCGACCCCCAAAAGCCCCCGCCUCCCUGCUCCUGCUCCACCUGCUUGCGGAGCGCGCUGAGCCGCCAACCUAGGCGAUGACCAGCCCCGCGCCCUUAGUGGCCUCCAUCAGCCACCAAUUGGUGGCUCUACAGACCCUGCAGCUGCUGCAGCAGGAGUGGGGCUGGGGAGACGGUCCGAGAGCCCCGGGGAACCCGCGAGACCCGGACCACGUGCCCACCGCUGCACCGAGUAGCUCAGGUCCUAUGCGGGCCCUGCUGCGGCCAGAACGCGAGGACGGGGGCAGAGACACGGGGGCCACGAAUGGGGAUGUCCAGGAGCAGGCGUGCUCCCCCGAAGCGGAGGAGGUGCGAGGCGCCGAGGGUGGCGCGGAGCUGCUACCCUUUGCCCCGGAUCGUGGGCCCUGCACCCUGGCGCGUAUGGCGAUGCGCAGUGCGCUGGCCCGCGUCGUGGACUCGACCUCCGAGCUGGUCAAUGUAGAGCAGACGCUGCUGGGGCCCCUCCAGCAGGAGCGGUCCUUCCCCAUCCACCUGAAGGACAGUGUUGAGUUUAGAAACAUCUGCAGUCACUUGGCUCUACAAAUCGAAGGACAGCAGUUUGACAGAGACUUGAAUGCUGCCCACCAGUGUUUGAAGACAAUAGUCAAGAAGCUGAUUCAGUCACUUGCCAAUCUUCCUUCAGAUGCCCACAUGGUUGCCUGCGCUUCCCUGAGACAGAUCUUACAGAAUCUCCCAGACACAUGAGGUUAAAAGCAUCAGGAUGGAAGCCACAGAUAUGUUAAGAGAACUGGGUUCCUUGUCUUCCUAAGUGCAUCAGCAGACAAAGGACAUUUUUAUUCCCAACAAGGAGACAUGCAGCAGCCUGAUCAGCGGUACAUGUAGCCUUCACAACUAUGGCAUGCUAGUGAAAAAUUUUUAAAGCUGUAGCUCACAUUUAAGUAUGUUGAGCUACUUGCUGUCUUUUAAGUUGAAAUAUAUUUCAUUUUGUGGACUUUAUGGGAUUAUACAUGUAUACAUUUAUUAAUUCAUGUAUUAAUUUUCACUGAAUGAUACCUUAAUCUAUACUCAUAUUAAUGUAUGCUAUAAGGUUUAGGGUUAUUUAUAUUAAGAUCUAUGGAUUUAUAUCUAAGAUCUAUAUUAAAAUUAUCUUUAAUAAAUAGGACAUUUGAUUCAAUAAAUAGGACAUGCUCUACUUGCUGGGCACUUCACCUUUGGUUAUGAGAAUAAGUUUUAGUUCUAGGGCCACAUGAGUUAGUACAGUAAAUACAGCUUCCAAUCCUGGCAUCAAUAACUCGUUGUUCAGAAGGAAGCACUGGUUCUAAACCUCGUGCUUUCUUUUUUUUUGGUACCGGGAAUCAGGCUUGCUAGGCAAGCACUUAUGCCACUGAGCUAUACCCCUGGCCCAACUUUGUGCUUUCAUAUACUGAUUUGUAAAUUUAAAAUGAUGAGCUCUGAAGUACCAAGAUUCCAUGAUUUGUGAAUAAAAAGCACAAUAUUAUUAAAGUCUGGUGAAAAUAUCCAGCUCUUCUUGUUGCUUCUAACUAUUCUUUUGAAGUGGGACAUUCUUGUGAAAAAAGGAGAGUGGACAUACUGGUAGGUUUCCAUGACCGUUUAGACACGGACGGUUGGGUAAAGAAAAAGAGGGUGACUUUUUUUUUUUUUUUUUUUUUUCAGCAAAAACAAUCUGUAUGUACUUAGAAAAAUCCAAGCUUCCUCUUGGUCAGUGAUGACUGUAUGAGAACCCAAACAAGGUGAAGUGCUUGUUCUCUCUUAAAAGUUAAACAGAAACAGCAUCUGGAUUAGAAAAAAAAUAUUACAGUGUAUGUGCACAGCUUGUUUUCUAAAAGCAUUGUAAACUGGGCCUAUGUGAUGGAGUACACCCCCUAUCUUUAAAAAAAGUGCUUAUGGUAAUUAAAGCCUUCUUAAUCCCACCUCUUGCAACCCUACCUGGUUCCAAAUGUUUUCUUCCAGAACAUGAGAAGGAAGGGUUUUCUCUUUCAACGUAACUCACUAAAUGUGAGAAAUAUGAAGCUGGAUUCUGAAGGAGAGAGGGAAGCUUCUGUCUAACUGUAUGAUAGUACGGCUUGGAGGGCAGGAAGGAAGGCACUUAUUUCUUGGGAGCACUCUUUGGUCAUCAUUUUUUCUCAGUUUUAGGAGGCAUUCUGUCUGGGGUGGGGGUAUGACUUUAUUUUAUGAGGAGGCUUUUUCCCCCAAAGGGAGCUUAUCCUAGUGCUCUCCUUUAAAGACGUAACACUAUGCAGAGCCUGCCUUCCCUUUUGUAAUUAAUAAUUCUUUCAAUCUCAAGGUUUUCUUUUUUUAGUUCUUACCCUGAGACAUUAAACAUUUUGGGUUUUCUACCAUUGCUUACUUUUUAAAAAUUUGAACCAUGUCUUCUGCAUAUGAUUAAAAUCCUCCUCAUCCUUCAAGGCCAGAUUUACCUGCCACCUUGAAUGAACCCUUCUGAACUAUCCUAAUUGGAAGUGAACUCUUCCUCACCUUAACUUUCAUAGCACGCAUUUUGAGCUACUGCCUCUGCUACUUAUCAUAUACCUACUUCAUAGUACUGCUAUUGGUAUAUCUGCCAAGAACAGCGGGUUGUGAAGGCAAGAAUCUUUCCAGACCUCUUCAUAUGGUACAUAGCAUCUACAGCUCUACAAUCCAUUGGCCCUCAUAUCAUUUUAUAUCUCCUCACCCCACUUUAAUUUUUGUGUAUUAUGUCUUAGCAUCAAUCUGUACAAUCAUUUUACUGUACAUGCCACCAAUUCCCUCUAUCCCUCUCCCAGGGACUCUCAGUGUUCCCCAUUAGUCCUACUUUAUGUCCUAGGCUUGUGAUAUGCAACAUGGUACCACUGGCCACAUGUCACUAUGAAGCAUUUGAAAUGUAGCUUGUAUGAAUUAAGAUGUGCUUCAAAUGUAAAAUGCACACUGGCUUUUGAACAUUUAGUACUAAAAGAACCUAAAAUACCUAAAUAUUUUUAAUAUGGACUACAUGUGGGAGCAAUAAUUUUGAAUAUGUCAGGUUAAAUAAAGUGUCAUUAAAAUUAA